AUGUUUGAUAAAACAGUUGUUCUGGAAAUAGAUCUUCUGAAAAACGAAAAUCGUAACGAGUUUUCUUACAUUGAUCUUGUUCGAUCUGAACUGGGAAUCAACAUUGACAUGAACAUGCAAACUGGAAAUGAGGAUACUUGUAUGAUGGAGUUAGCCAAGUCUUUCGAAAGGAAAUACGGUAAUAUGGUAACAGUGACUAACAAGGGAAAACGCCGCCGCCUCCGAGUAGAUGAUUUUAUUGAUCUCGGAGAGGGAUAUGAUUCUCAGGAUUCCUUCAUCGACGACUCUGAGGCAGUGGAAUUGAUUGUCGCCCCCACUCUCAGAACUCGACAUGGUGGAUUUUUUGUAAAUGAGGGCUUUCUUGAAAGUAUCGAGGAUAGAUCGAUGGAUAUUGAGCCGCCACCCUCUGCACCCAAACAGCCAAAAAUUGAUCUCUCCUCUCCAUCGCCUAAGCGACCUAAACUCAAAAAAGACAAAUCAAAGCAGUUGUUGGAGAGAGCUGUAAAGCAGUUGGCCGCACCUGCUGCAGCUGCUGUGUCUACGGGCAACAAGACCACGAAGAAUGGACUUAACUCCCUCGACGCCGUAUUUGAUUCUGUGCUUUCUGCCUCUGCACAAAACGAUGUGAAUAAGUCGUCUCAGUCGACUUCCUUCAACAGCAAAGUUACACCGAAUAAUAGGACGGGAACAUCGAAACUCCCUACACCCUCGAAACAGCAGCAUCAGCAGAGCCCUCCUCCUUUGCCUCCUCUCUCUGAGGAUUUGCGGUCUGAGGUGCAAAAGAUUUUGGCCUUUAAACCAAAUUCUACUCAAGCUUUAUCUAAAUUACCCCUUCCGCCCCAAUUCGACAACGAUUUGUUGAGAUUCGAUGAACUGAUGGUUAAGAAGAAUUUGUCGAAAAUGACUAAGUCUGCGGUGUAUGCGUAUAUUGCAAAUCAAUUGUGUAUGAAAAGCAAAACGCUUGUUGGUCGUUUGAGGAAAUUGAAGGAGCUUAAGGACGAUUCACUGUUGGAGCCUAUGUUGAUUGCUCUCAAGGAUGCCGUUUCGAGAAUUAUGCCUGGCAUUCUGUCUGCCUACAAUCGUGACUUGGCGAACUACCAAGAGCGCUUGAGUAUAUGGGAAAAUGAUUCUGCCAUUUUUUUAUUGGCUCAAAUCGUUCACGACCUCCAGCGUUUCGGUUUUUACCACUUUGUUUUCGUUCACACUGAUGCUAGGCGGCAAACAAAUCCCGAGGCCAAACGCCCUGGCGCUCCAAAGAAAAUAUUUCGGUGGAACUCCGAUUGCCGAUCUCUGGUAGAACGAAUAAUUGCUUUUCGCAUGGAAGCAACCUUCAGUACAACAGGCAAAUGCCAUGAUGAGGAUCAGAUAAAGCGUUUCUUGCACACUCUCAUUCCCCUCUGGCCCGACAAUUGGAUCUCUGUCGCAGCUCUUUGGCGAGCAGGUUCAUCAACUUAUCAAAGCAUGUUGAACAAAUUGAAUCCUGGUGCUUUGCCGACUGCCACAUCCUCUGCUCCCAACCCCACAAGGACAGUGACGCCUGUUGUCAGUAAGCCCAUCGGUGCAGUCAGUACCUUUGCAUUUCCGAACAGAACGGCAGCGGUAACUGCCUCACUUGCCUCAGGGAACAGAUCUCCAGUUGCCUCAAAACCGUCAACUUCUGUUGCCGCCGCUACCGCUCUCCGCGCUGCCCAGCCCACCCUCCCCCUCGCUACCUCUAGCACUUCUAAUCCGCGCUACGUCUCUCCCUCAAAUCCGCAGCAAGUGUUUGCUCCCCUUGUCAGUAAUUCUGCUGGUGGUACUGGCGGCAAAGAGACAAGUGUGUAUAUGCUUCAAUUUGCCACGUCUCCACCUCCUGUCGCCGCUGCUUCCGCAACCAAGAAGGACUCUCCAAAGGCUGCAAUAGUUGCUCCCCUAAUCGACCUAACUGAGAGUCACCAAGACUCUCCUCCCCAACAACAUCCCCUAACUUCCACUAUUGUCACUCCUUCUGUCUCCUCUUCCAACCUUAGUCCGCCCAGUAUCACUGCUAAGACUGUAUCCCCAGUGACAACACCCAGGCGGGUUGCUUGUACGUCGCAGAAUCCCACUUCCGCCUUGCCCACUGCUCCUGCUGUUCGUGCAUCCGUUCCUUCUGUUACUGUCUCCAUGGGUCAGAUUCUCGCUCGUGCUCCUAUUAAUGUCACUCAACAACAGCAACAACAACAGGCAAGCAUAACCCUCCAAGCGGUGUCAAACAUAAUAUCAGCUUUUCAACAGCAGAAUCUUCAAAAGCAGCGUCUUGCUGCUCACGAAAACGUACGCUAUACAACUGCAGCCGCCCCUAUUCUAAUGAAUCGGCACCACCAACAGCAGCAAUCGGCUACGCAGGCAACCACGAGGGUAGUAUCGGGAACACCAGGGCAGGCUUGGAACGUUGCGGUUUCUUCAGUCUCCUACGCUCCCUCCGUCUCACUCCCUUCCUCUGUCUACUCGGCACCGAUUGUUCAAAAUUCAUUGGUAUCCAGGCCACCGCAGCCACAGCAACUUCGGCAACAGCAAAUGCGUGCAGCUUUCACCGGAUACAACAAACUCACCGAGCCCUAUCUCAGUUGGUCACGUCAGUACGACAUAGCACAAGGUUACAUUAUUGGUGUUUCCCAUCUUUUUUUUUAA